CGAAACUUCAAACCUUAUAUGAAUAGUAAUCGUCAGAUCAACGUAUUUAAUAACAACCGUACGAUCAAAAUGUCUGUGAAAUCUAACCGUCGAAUAUAAUCCAGAAAAUUGAAAUUUCAAAACAUGUAUAAGAGAGGGAGGAGCAGCUCUCGCGAAGACGAAGAAGAAGAAGAAAAACCCCAAAUUUCUCUGUUUUUUUUCGUUGGGUGGUUCCUCAGUGGUUACCAAAUCUCUCUUCUUCUUCUUCGUCAGAAGCUAAAACCUUUCAAAACCCUAAUUUCAUCUAUCUAUCUCAAUAAGUCUAGAUCAAAAAUUCGAAUUUCAAAAUCCCGUUUUGAGUUUUAGUAGAUUCGGUUUCUGGGUUUUCGUAGAAACGGGAUUAAGGGCGGAUUCAGAUCUUGAAAUUUUUGUGUGUUUCUCAAACUGAUUAUAAAUUUUGGUUUUUUUUUUUAAAUUUCGUGUUUGAAAAAUAGGGAAAAUUUCUGGGUUUCUUCUGAGAAAUUCGAAUUUUUUGGAGAUGGGAGAAGGUGAAGAAGGAGACAAAUUCCCGCCAAAAACGGAUGAGGUUACACAAGAGUCUAUGAAGUCGGCGAGGCAACUCGAUUUUACUGGUGGUUCUUCCGAUGUUGAGCAUUCACACUCUAAUCAAGCUUCUUCGAUGGCUGCUGCAUCAAUCCCUUCACCGAUUGUGACGGUUACGCGGCCAAUAAUUACCAGUCAGGCACCACCGACGGUGGCGACUCCGAUUCCACCGCCGCCACAAUCUCAGGGCAUCAUCCUUCACGUCCCAAUUAGACAUCCGAGGCCCGAAUCUCCGAAUUCGAUGCCAAGGCCUGCUGGGGAAACUAGAGAUGGAACCCCUCAGAAGAAGAAACAGUGUAACUGUAAACACUCACGGUGCUUGAAGCUGUAUUGUGAAUGUUUUGCAUCUGGCACUUACUGUGAUGGUUGCAACUGUGUAAAUUGUUUCAACAACGUUGAAAAUGAACCUGCGAGACGACAAGCGGUUGAAUCAACUCUGGAACGGAAUCCGAAUGCGUUCAGGCCAAAGAUUGCUGCUAGUCCACAUGGUGGACGAGAUAACAGGGAGGAGGUUGGUGACGUUGUGAUGUUAGCGAGACACAACAAAGGCUGUCACUGCAAGAAAUCCGGAUGUCUUAAGAAGUAUUGUGAGUGCUUUCAAGCAAACAUUCUUUGUUCUGAGAACUGCAAAUGCUUGGAUUGCAAAAACUUUGAAGGGAGUGAAGUUAGACAAUCUCUUUUUCACGGUGAACAUUCCCACAACUUGGCUUAUCUUCAACACGCAAAUGCUGCCAUAACCGGAGCUAUUGGUUCCUCUGGCUUUGCAUCUGCUCCACCUCCUAAGAGAAGGAAAGGUCAGGAGAUUUUCUUCAACCAAGGAACCAAAGAUUCAUCCACUCAUAGGCUUGGCCAGGCAAAUAACGGAAGAACCACAUCUUCGCAAACUGGUUCUCGUGCUGGAGGCAAUGCGUCGUUAGGCCCAUCCAAAGUUGUAUAUAAGUCUCUUUUGGCAAACAUAAUUAAACCAAUGGAUGUGAAAGCACUAUGUUCUGUUCUGGUUGCUGUAGCUGGGGAAGCUGCAAAGACAUUAACAGAAAAACGGUUAGCAAAUCAGAAAGAAACUUCCGUAGCUUCUUCUGUGCAAGAUCAAGGACACGUCAAUAAUAAAGCUGAGAAAUCUGGUUUAGAGGAUUCAAAUGCAGAUGGCUCCAAAGGGAGGUCACUAUCUCCAGAAACUUUGGCAUUGAUGUGUGACGAACGGGACACAAUGUUAAUGGUUGCAGCUUCACCUAAUUGUUCGGUGGAGCCUACGUCACAGCUACCAAACGGGCAAGACCAGGUUUAUGCAGAACAAGAAAAAGUAGUAUUAACCAAGUUCCGUGACUGCCUUAACCGAAUAAUCUCCUGUGGAGAAGUAAAAGAAUCAAAUUGUUCUAUGUCAAGAAUGGAUCUAGAUACACCUGUACAAACGACUGUCAGAAUCGACCCAGUGGUUCAACAAGCUCCAGUUGCAAAUGGAGUUUCACAAACCGCAAAGCAACCUUCCCAGCUAAACACAACAACACCAAACACAUCCUCACAAACUGCAAAUGGAGUUUCACAAACGGCAAAGCAACCUUCCCAGCUAACCACAACAACAACAACACCAAACACAUCCUCACAAACUCAUCUUCAUAAAACUCCAGCUUUGUCUGAGAAGAAAGACCUCUAAAUCAAUUAUUUACUCCUCUAGGAAACAAUAACUUUACAGAAAUGCAGCUGCAUCCAUCUCCCCAUGCCUGAUAUAUGAGGUACUGCCACCAACACUCCUUUUCAUUCCUCUUACAUAUUCUAAAACAGAGGAGAGGUGGCAGCUUCAGCGCAUUAGCAGGUGCUUAGAGAGUAUUACUAAAUAACUAUUCACAAUAAUUUUGGUUGAAUUAUUAGGCUUUCUUCGUCUUUCCUUUCCUCCAAAUUCUUCUCUCUGAUUCAUAAGAGAGCUGUUUCUUUACAAAAAUUGUUGUCAUUAUUUGUGUACAUUGUUACUUACCAUUGGCAAUCACAGUGAUGCUUAUUGUGGAACAUACAUGCUAUUGUCUGAUUCUGAUAUGCUUUAGGCACUAUAGAAGACCUGAUGUUACUUCA